AUGAAUCGCAGAUUAAUUCUCUCUGUAAGUGUGUCUAUGAGUGAAGCAUUCUGGGACGUUGGUACCAGCACACCGUUCCCUAAUCGCCUUGACAAAGUGGGGCGCACCAGCUUUUUCCGAUGGCAGAAAGCAGAGUCAACCUCUGGGGCGUUCUCGAAAGGGACUAUAGACUGGAAUGAUGAAUAUAACAGAUUUCGUUUGAGUGUCGUCGCUGGAAUAUCUAUAGACGCAAUUCCUCUGUCCACAGCUGCGAUAUUAAACCAGCGAAUUUUGCUAACAUCCGCCAACUACCUCGUCCCCUACCUCCACAGACAGACGGACCUUCGGAUCUGGGCUUUGGGCAGAGCUGGCUAUUACAACACACCAUACCGUUACCGCGUCUGGCGGGUCUGGCGUAUCUUCGCGCCCAGCAUGAAUCCCGAACACCAGCACGGUCCCAAAGGAGAGCACAGUCCCAGGCACGACCUCGCUGUCAUAUUCAGCCGGGAUCGUAUGUUCGUCUACUGGAAACCGUCGCAAUCUUAUCAGUAUCCUUAUCAAACGUUUCUAAUCCAGCCACAUUUGACCAUCAUCAAAACGGUAACAGCCGAAGAGGACAAACUCCUCUAUGCUGGCUCGGGGUAUGAAUAUAUGGAGCACGUCAGAGAAAAUUACAAAAUCUACUUCGCACUGCCAAAGGAGGAGCACAUUGUCGACUGUUCGAAAUACCUUCCGAAAUUCUGGGGGAAGUUUAUAUGCUUCAAGAAUGUUUUGAGAUUUUCUGGGAUCCAAAACGGUGGUCCACUGUUGCUAGGGGAGAAUCUUCUUGGGGUUGGUUGCUUCGAGAUUCGCGUGAAUGAGGAUAGGAUUUUUGCGUUCACUGAUUUGAGAUACUAUGUCCAUAUUAUUAAACAAGUGGCGGAACUGAAGGCUCAUCAGUAUUAUGAAUACGCGUAUCCCCAGUGGGGGGUUCAUUAUGGAGCCUUUAGUUCUAUAUCCGGUAAUCUCCCCAGAAUUCCGAAGCUGUAUACGCCGUGGUGGGUCAAGGUGGAUCAUCUUGGCUAA